AUGAGCGACUACAAGAACCAACUCCUCCAGGCCAUCCAGAACUGUUCUCAGGAACGCCUGGACGCCGCUAUGGAGAAUCCCUCCAUGAUGAGAGAAAUUCUCGACGUUUGUGGUCCUGAGCUCGCCGCUUCCCUCGCUGCCUCCAUCGGGGAUCCGGGUCAGCGCGCCAAGCGCCCUCUGAAUGGCUUCAUGGCCUUUCGAACCUACUACAUGAAGCUGUUUCCCGACGCUCAGCAGAAGAAUGCUUCCGGCUUUUUGACUCAGCUCUGGGCCAAGGACCCUCAUCGAAACAAAUGGGCCCUGAUUGCCAAGGUCUACUCCUUCAUUCGAGACCAUGUCGGCAAGGCCAAAUGCAACUUGACUGCGUUUCUCAGCGUUGCAUGCCCCAUGAUGAAGAUCUUGGAGCCUGUCGAAUACUUUCAGACUCUCGGCUGGCAGAUCAAUCGUGACAACUAUGGUGACAUGGUCCUCAGCCAGGAUGUCACUAUUAUGUCGGAGAACAUGGGAUUGAUCCAGGACCUUGAGCACCCCACCACCGAGAUCGAUCUGCUUACAGAUGUUCUUGUCGCUGGCUACUUUCCUGAGUAUUCCCAGCACCUGCAAGUUCUGAUGUGGACUUCUCAGAGCGGUAUCAUGACCCCUGCUGGUACUUUCGCUGGCGACGCUGUCGAUGGUGUCGGGGAGCAGCUCUACGAUCCUGUCCCAGCCACCACUGAGAAGGCUGAGUUCGUCGAAUUGGUCCACAACAAUGCCUGUGCGGCUGUUCAAGAUCUUUUCGGCCCUGAGUACGAUGCCGAGUUCUUCCAGAGCCGAUUUGUUCACUCUUGGGAAGUGGAUGAUCUCGAUAGCUUUCAGGAUGUCCAGAUUUCCAUCGCUGAUGAGCCCAUGCCUUCGAACACUCUCUACGACUUCAACCAACUCCCUGGAAACAUUCCUCAGGUUCGCGAGCUUAACAUCGACACCUCUUUGGAUGCUGGUAUCAUGGACAUCACCAGUGCUUGGUCUGUCGACAAGGCCAUGUUUGAUCGAGUAAACCGAGAGCGCCAGGCACACGAGGAUUCCAAUAAGGUCAUCGGUGGUGGCUUCCUCGCCAACUUUUAA